AGCAAGAAAUGCCAGAUACGGUGUGAGGAGAGAGAAAUCAGAAACAGACACGCCCACUCGACAUGUACUCAUCCUCCCGAGUGUGCUACCUCACGCCGGGGAAACCCCAAGAGGUGAGCCAUGUCAAACCUAUUCCAACCAAUCCCGACUCUUCACCACUUGAACAAAGCCAGUGUCAAGUCAAUUGGGCUGUCUAGUAUGCAGAAGCAAAUUCCACGGACACUGAGCCUCUCAUGGCAGCCUCUCGGAAGCCCACGGCGUAACCUAGUACCUCUCAGCUGCGCAUGCUGUGCCAGCGAGAUGCUGAGUGAACAUGUCCUUCAUCCUCAGCAGCCGCUUUUAUUGCGUGGUAAACUGCAGGCUUGGGGGGCAUUUCUUCUUGGUCUGGAACGAUGGCUAGGAAACCCAUCCUUCUCGAAGAAAUACCGGCCGAUUUUGUUUGCUUUCUUCUUCCCCCCUCCUCCUUUUCUUUCCUUCUGCUGCUUUUCUUGAUCCGCUUCUGCCACCCUGUAAUUUUUCUGGUACUGUUUCCCUCCCUUGUUUCCCCCUUUCCUACAUUGCAUUUUUCACUUUACAACAUAGACCUUGUUGAGAUUGCUGAAUGAUCACUUCUGAUAUCCUACGCCUAGUUCGACACAAAACUCAACCAAGGUACUUUUUUUGGAAGCAGGAUACCAAAUUAGUUUUGAGUUUGGUGUCUGCGCUGAUCCACAUACCGACAACAUCUUUAUUUCCCUAGGGUGCUUUCACCUUAAGCCUUUGGGCUGGCUGCAAAGUCUUUCUAGCUGCUGAUAGCAGCUUCCAGUCAUCACAAUGGGCUUUCUUAGACUAUUUAGCAAGAGGUCGGGUAACAAGAGCAAGGUGAAUGUGUCUCCCAAAUCGUUAGAUUAUGAGGCUACGGUUGCUGGAGCACCCCCAGUUCUAGGAACGAAUCCGGCACGAGGAAAUGGACCGCUCCAAAUCAAGAUCCUUCCGCGAGAUGUCAGCGAUGCCCAGAUUGCCGUCAGAGCCAAUGGGUUAGUGGCCGAUGGAUUCCCAAUGCCAAGUCCCGUCACCCCUAGCUUUCGAGCGGAGGAUAUCGAGCGACCAAGCUCAGCCCCGAAUGGGUUUCGGACACUUUCUCGCUCGCUAGGGGCCGGUGGCAGCUUACGAGUUACACGAGGUGCGAAAAGCCUCCUCAAGAGACCACCUCCACUUUCAUUCCGUAUGGUCAGACCCGAGACUUCACCACGUCCCCGAUCAAUUUCUCAGAAUGGGAUCGAUACCAUUGUCUUCGCCCAGCCACAAGUUGCUCCUUCGGUGCAUUCAAGAAGUAACUCUAUUGUCAGCAAUACCGGAAGCCGUUACAGAGAUAUAAUCGAAGCGCAUUCUGAAAUCAAGCCCAUCAACUUCAAGAUACGAAUGAAAGCUACAGGCAUCAGAGAUUAUGGCGAGGAUGUUGCAGAGAGAAAUCUGGGAGAAAACGGUCACAACCUGGACUCACCCUCGGUCAAGGCAUUUUAUGCUCGUUCCUCCAUGAUUUCAGAAAAGUCAAAGAUGGAUGAGAUCACCAAAAGGCUUGAAUCGGAACCGAACAGCCGUAGAGCCAGGGCACCAGUAGUGGCUUUGAAUCUUCCUAUCAAUUUGUCGACCCACUCGACCAUCUCCCAGACCUCGCCGCGGGCAACAACAUCAUAUGAAUCAAAAUCUCCUUCGCACGCACAUCUGGAUAGAACGCUUUCUCUAGGUGUACGACUGCCAGUGAACUGUGAUUCACAACAGUCCAGAUCUGUCAAUCCAUUUUUGCCUGUCGAAUCGAACAGUAGCACCAGUGUUCCGAGGACAGCCGCCACCACAGAACAGGAUACUGAAGUGCAUGAUCACCCUCUUGUCAUCGAAUGGCCCCUCAGGACCAUCGCUGCUAGUACGCUGAAACCGUCUGCUGGGGAUGCUACUCGGUCUUUGACACUGCCGCAGAUCAUCAAACCUACACCAUUAUCCCCAAACGAGGAACAAUCGGGCCCAAGAGACCAUAGCCCAUUAUUAAAUUCAUCGUCAGUGAAGUGUUUUGCAGUGAACCCCGAAUACCAUCACGAGCGAUCAUGGUCAAGCUCAUCCUCCACUGUCUCGAUUUCGGACAUGAGAUCCAACCCGUCUUCGCCUUCAAGAUCCCAACAUACAGCCGAUACCUCGGUUAAUUUGAGCCAAACUUCGUUCAAGAGCGCCACACCAUUACCGAGCUUGACAUUCCUCCCGAUACCAGAAGCUCCCGAUAACUUCAACAUUGACGACUACAUAUCAACAGACACGUCCUCCAUCAAGGGACACCAACGUCACACCGGCGAAAGCGAGGAAGAGCUUCUCUUCAAUGACUUCGGCUAUGGUGCACAUGGUACACAGCUACCCGGGCUCUUGGACUCGAGCACCCUCUUUGAGCGGGAAGCCAGCCCGGCUCCAGUUCAGAGCCAGCAUUGCCGUUGCUCCUCAUGGACCACUACUCCGAUCAAUGCCGGUUCGUUUGGGAGGGCAGUCGGACAACAGCGGUAUGUCCUCGACACAGGUGUCGAGGAUGAUUCAGAUGAGACAGACUAUGAAAACUCUUCAAGGUUGCUGUCCCCUAUCCCUCUCCAUUCGCCUAAACCCCAACACCAUCACACUCUCAGCGGAGAUAUCUACCAUGGAAUGGUGGGCCAUGUUCCACGAACUCGGACCUUUGGGAGCGAUGGAACCUUUUCGUUGCAAGGGUCGCGAGGAACGAAGAGGACACCGGUUGUCUUGAACUGCCGUGGGAUACAAAGUUCGGAGAUGGCCUCUGCUAACAGUGAAACUCGUCCUGUUACCCCGGUUUCUCCCAGACACCAGAGCAAGAAUAUCACCGAAAUCAAGACACCCGAGAAUACAAAGAGAGAGAAAGGGAAACAAAAGAUGCAAGUAGCAGAGAAUGAAAUUAAGGUGCAGCAAAACGAAACGAGCAACAAAAAAUUGCUUCCUCCAUCAACACCAGACGCUGCUGUCACUGCCGCUAUGAAGCGAAGGAAACAGAUCAAAGCGGGCAAGCGGGCAACAGAGCCGAUCAGGAAACGAAGACCCCCAGGGCACGGACAAGGGGUGAUUAGUAGCCCCAAGAGCCCCAAGAGUCCAUCAAAGAGUCCAAGGGUAACAAGUAAGAGGUUGAUGCAAAGAACGACGUCGAUGGGGACGGGGGGAGGUGAAUGCUCUGACGAGGAACAUCAUGCGGAUACUGAGGGAUAAGGGUGAUGGAAUAGAUAAGGUAGAGUUGAGUUUAAAGUUGAGUUGAGGUCAGCUACGUUGUAGUUCUUGUGAUUUCCUUUGUCGAAUGAUCCGGGACUUUUCAUUUUGUGGGUUGUGGUGAGGAGGGGUGG